AGUGCGUAGCAACGUCCGCUGAGCCGUUUUCCCUCCUCGUUGACGGAGCUAGCCGCUACUAGGUGUUUAGAGACCCAAAGUUCUGACGGAGAGCUCCCCUCACUCCACAUCACAGUCUCUGCCGGAGGAGGUUCGGCCGGCAGACCGAACUGUCGCGGCGCGUUCGGCACAGAAGAUCUAUGAGGUCCUGCUAGAAGGUCAGGAUGUUCAACAAUUCGUUUGGGACUCCGUUUGGCGGUGGGACGGGGGGCUUCGGCACCUCUUCUGCCUUUGGCCAGCAAAACACGGGUUUCGGUGCAGCAGGAGGUUUUGGGACGUCGGCGUUUGGGGCGACCACAAACACCGGAGGAUUGUUUGGCUCCACGCAGAACAAACCUGGUGGUCUGUUUGGGUCCAGCACUUUCAGCCAGCCGGCAACUUCCUCCACCAGCACCGGGUUCGGGUUCGGUGGCGCCACCGGGACUUCCACCAGCCUGUUUGGAAACACUGGGACCGGAACCAGCGGCGGUCUCUUCUCCCAGCAGAGCAAUGCGUUCGGCGCCAACAAGCCCACUUCCUUCAGCAGCUUUGGGACCAGCACCAGCAGCGGCGGCCUGUUUGGUUCCACCAACACCACCACCAACCCGUUCGGCGCUUCCAGCUCGCUGUUCGGAGGCUCUGGCUUUGCAGCCAAUCAGCAGCCAGGAACCACAGUGAAAUUCAAUCCUCCAACAGGAAGUGACACGAUGGUGAAAGCCGGCGUGACCACAAGCAUCAACACCAAACACCAGUGCAUCACCGCCAUGAAGGAGUACGAGAACAAGUCUCUGGAGGAGCUGAGGCUGGAGGACUACCAGGCGGGCAGGAAGGGCCCCACCAACCCCAUGGCGCCCGGCGCCGGCAGCCUGUUUAGCGGGGCCACCCCCACCUCCAGCGCCUCUACCGGACUCUUCGGUGCCACCGCCUCCAACUCCAACUUCAACUUCGGGGCCAAUAAAUCAACUUUUGGACCCGCCACCGGAUCCUUCGGAACCAGUACCAACAGCCUGUUUGGCCAGCAGAACCAGCAGCAGGCCAACAGCCUCUUCAAGCCGUUCGGCGCCACCACCACCACCCAGAGCUUUAACUUUGGCAACACCAACACCAUGGGCCAGCCCAACACCAGCACCAUGGGUUUGUUUGGCAGCACGGUGGCCUCUCAGCCGGGCGGAUUGUUCGGACCCACCCAGACCAGCACCGCCACCGGCUUUGGGACCAGUUCUGGGAUGUUUGGCCAGCCAAGCGCUGGCUUUGGAACCGUUGGCACACAGCCCAGUCUGUUCGGGAACAAAACCACCGGGUUCGGAACCACCACUACCAGUGCUUCGUCAUUUGGCACCAACACCGGACUCUUUGGGAACAAGCCCGCUCUGACUCUGGGGACCGGAACCAACACCUCCACUUUCGGUUUUGGAGCGAACCCGGCUGGAGGAGGACUCUUUAGUAACAAACUGGCCACUGGUGGACUGGGAACCGGACUAGGAACCAACUUUCCGACGGUCGGAACCGGGACCACUCUGUUUGGAAACACCCAGAACAAGCUGGGCACGGCGUCGGGAACCCUGGGAGGCUUCGGCACCAGCGGCUUCAGCAGCGGCAGCAGCCUGGGCUUCGGGGCCACGCAGCAGCCCGUCGCGCUGACAGACCCGAACGCUAACGCCGCCCAGCAGGCCAUACUGCAGCAGCAGCUCAACGUGCUUACCUACUCUCCGUACGGCGACUCUCCGCUCUUCAGGAACCCGCUGAGCGACCCCAAGAAGAAGGAGGAGCGUCUGAAGCCGACCAAUCCAACGGCCCAGAAGGCGUUGACUACACCCACCCACUACAAGCUGACCCCGCGACCUGCCACCAAGGUCCGGCCCAAAGCGCUCACGUCGUCCGGCGCCUCCAAGUCGCAGCUCUUUGACGGUCUGGACGACGACGAGCCGUCGCUCACCAACGGAGCCUUCGUGCCCAGGAAGAGCAUCAAGAAGCUGGUUCUGAAGAACCUGAGCAGCAGCCAGUACAGCAGCAGCAGCCUGAACAAAGACAGCGACGACCUGGCCUCACCGUCAGAGUACCCUCAGAACGGACACAGCCAAGCGGAGGACGACGAGCUCAGGGAGGUUCCAGGUGUGAGCGGCCGAGCCGACGACGACCCCGAGGUCACCCAGUUCUACGUGAACCCCAUCGCCAAGCCCAUCCCGCAGGGCCGCGCCCAGCCCAGCCUGCAGGACACCAUCAGCGAUCUGAACAUGCACAAGCAGCCCAGGAACGGCCUGGAGCUGAGCAGCGAAGACGUCUCUGCGUCCUUCGGUGAGGACUCUCUGCAGGAGGACAGAGAAGAGGAGGACCAGCAGGAGUCCAAACCGUCUCCUCACCCUGCAGGUAUCGUUCUGAACCGGGUGGGUUACUACACCAUCCCCCCUCUGGACGACUUGGCCGAGAUGUUGGACGAGAACGGAGAAUGCGUCGUGGAGAACUUCACCGUGGGCAGGAAAGGCUACGGCUCCGUCUUCUUCCCCGGAGAGGUCAACCUGACAGGCCUGAACCUGGAUGAGAUCGUCCACUUCAGGCGCAAAGAGGUCAUCGUUUACCCGGACGACAAGAACAAGCCGCCGGAGGGGGAGGGGCUUAACCGGCGGGCUGAAGUGACCCUGGACGGCGUCUGGCCCAACGAUAAGACGACCUGCGCUCAGAUCCGCAGCCCAGAGAGACUCACCGACAUGAACUACGAGGGCCGGCUGGAGAAGGCCUCCAGGAAGCAGGGCGCGCGCUUCCUGGAAUACCGACCCGAGACCGGCUCCUGGGUGUUCGAGGUCAGCCAUUUCUCCAAAUACGGCCUCCAGGACUCAGACGAAGACGACGAGGUCCCGCCCAAAACCGACCCCAAGAAGCUGAAGACGAUGAUGUCACUUCCUGCUUCCAGGCUGCAGCAGCUGCUUCCUCCAUCCCAGCAGCAGGUGGCGCCGCUGGCCCAGUCCACCGCCGUGGAUUUAGCGAGCGGCGUGGCGGAGCUGGACAGCGACAUGGCCGACAUCACGCAGGGCAUCCCAACAGAGAGCAUGCUGGGAGGAGAGGAGGAGGACGGCGAGCUGCCGCUGGUCAACAUGGAGACGCUGACGAACCAUGAGCCGGUGGCGUGCAGCCACAUCCCGUCCACUCUGGGCAUCAACCCGCACACGCUGCAGAUCAUGAAGGCGUCUCUGUUCACUGAGGAUGAGGAGGACGGCGACAUGUUCCAGCCUCAAAGAGCGACCAAGGUGUCUGCCGACGUCUCGUCCCCUCGGCUCAUCCUGCCGAGCUCUGAAGGCCGUCCAUCUGUCGGGGGUCUUCUUCAGACCCGCUUCACCUCCGGCAUCUUCCCUCAGCGUAUGGACUCUCCUCUGUCCCGCGGCUCCCCGGCUGCAGCCGACCCGCUUCGGCCUCCACAGUGGAAGAGUCCUGUCCCCGCCCCGUUCCUGCUGCCGGCCCGGGCCCCGGAGCCCGCCAUCAGGACGGUAGGGGUGCGGCGACUGGGCGGCCCCGUCCCUCUGAAGGAGUCCGUCACUCAGGGGAAGGGGGCACUGCUGAUGGACACCGGCCUGUUCGCCACCCGCUCCUUCAGAGUGGGCUGGGGUCCCGGCUGGACUCUGGCCCACUGCGGCAGCCGACUCAGCGCGCAGUCCGCCGACCAGACGGAGCUCCAGGAGCGGCGCACCAAGACAGACUUCAGCUUCCUGCACAAACCGGCCCGGACCAAACCUCUCGCUGAAAGCCCCUUCAAGGUGGUGGUGGAGCAGCUGGUGGGACUGGAAGCUCCUCAGGGGAUGAAGAUGAGUGAGGAAGAGGAGGAGGAGGAGCGGCAUGCUGUGCUGCAGCGCCCCCUGGAGAUCAGCCUGAAGCACAGCACCGUCAGCGUCCCACAGGGCGCAUCCUGUCCGCUGGUGGAGCCGCGGCCCGGCGUGGCGGCGCUGCACGACUACGCCGAGUGGAUCAGGGAGCUGAGCGCAGAGCGCGGAGAUGCUGACCCCGUCCUGGGCCACUGGGCCGAAGUCUGGACGCUGUGCGAGGCCCUGUGGGGCCAGCUGGACCCAGACGGCGGCCCCCUCGACGACUACCAGCAGCAGCUGCAGCGCCACUGCGCCUUUUCCGACUGGCUGGCCCGCGGCGCCGCCCGCAGGGUGGAGGAGGAGGUGGCGCUGGCGGGGAAGGGCCGCCACGCGGAGGCAGUGUUCAGCUACCUGACGGGGCGCCGCGUCAGCGAGGCCUGCCAACUUGCCCAGAGGGAAGGCGACCACCGCCUGGCCCUGCUGCUGUCACAGGCCUCUGGGUCGCGGUUCUGCCGCCAGCUCUUAGACCUGCAGCUGGCCGACUGGAGCCGGACGCAGACUGACCUCCAUCUUAGCGAAGAGCGGCUGCGGAUCUUUGCCCUGCUGGCUGGGAAACCGGUGUGGCAGUCGUCCGGGUCAGCGGUGAACGUCUGCUCGGAGUUGGACUGGAAGCGCUGCCUGGCCGUCCACCUGUGGUACCUGCUGCCGCCCACCGCCUCCGUGGCUGACGCCCUGGCCGCCUACGAAGCUGCUUUCCAGGGCUCCACAGAGGCCGGCAGAUACGCCUGCACACCGCUGCCACCAUACCUGGAGGGGGCGCCACCUCUAGAAGAAGACGAGGAGGAGGAGCCUGAACGGCCGAUGCUCGACCUUUGCUUCCACCUGCUGAAGCUCUACAGCGACAGAUUGUACGGCCUGCAGCCGCUGCUGGACCCGCUCACCGUCACCUGGCAGCGCCUGGACUACCGGCUCAGCUGGCACCUGUGGGGCGUGCUGCAGGCGCUGCGCUACACCCACCUGGCCGCGCCGCGCCAGGGCCUCGUCCACUCCGCCUACGCCGCCCAGCUGGAGAGCGCCGGCCUCUGGCACCUGGCCGUCUUCAUCUUGCUGCACGUCCCCGACCACAGGGAGCGGGAGCGCGCAGUCAGGGAGCUGCUGGCGCUGCACUGCCCCCUGCUGGAGACGGAAGAGUCGGCCCGCAGGGAGCGCUUCCUGACCGACAGGCUGCUGGUUCCGGAGAGCUGGAUCCACGAGGCCAAGGCGGUCCGGGCCCAGCGGGACGGGGACCGGCACCGCCAGGCCCUGCACCUGUACCGGGCCGGACACUGGAACCAGUGCCACCGGCUGCUGAUCCAACACCUGGCCUCAGACUGCAUCGUCAACGACAACCACGACUACCUGCUGGAGUUCCUGGAGGGCCUGGCGGUACCAGAACACAGCGCCAGCAUCCAGGACUGGGACACGUCCGGCAGAGUCUACCUGGACUACAUCCGGGUCAUCAAGUCCCUGCAGGACAUCCAGCAGACGGACGGCGCCGGCUACCAGCUGGAGCGGCUCUACUCUGACGUGACGUCGCUCUGCAGCCGCAUCGAGCUGCUGCCCUGCCGGACCGCCAGGGACCACCUCGCCCAAUCAGAGAUGGCGAAGCGCGUGGCGAACAUCCUGCGGGUCGUGCUGAGCCUGCAGCAGGGCGACGGCGCCGCCGACCCGCUCAGCAUCCCGCUGGCCCAGCUGGCGCCGCACAUCAGCCGGCUGCCCAUGCCGGAGGACUACGCUCUGGAGGAGCUGCGCGGCCUGACCCAGUCCUACCUGCGGCAGCUCGUCGUCAGCCAGUGACCCGGACAGGAAGCGCUCCGAGUCCCAGGCCGGGCCCGACCCCAUCAGAACUCCGGUUCUGAUCUUCUGAGCUCAUCGGGAAGUUCAGAAAACUCCAAACUGAGGCGGAAAAACCUGGAGAUGAGUUGAUUAAAUUUCCUUCUGUCACAGGAAGUUUCUUCCUGCAGGAUUUCAAAAUAAAAUCAGAACGUUGACGCAUCAGAAGAGACCCAAAUGGACCAGAACCAGCAGGAGUUUAAAGUCAGGUUUAAACCCUGAAUGAAUGAGUGGUUCUGUCAGAUCCGGAUGUGUGAAUGAAACGGAUCAAUUAUGAAACGGCGCCGUCUGACCCGAUCAGAGGCUCUUUAAACUCAGAGGUUCUAUUUUUUUAGGUUUCCCUGUUGAAGCUCCAAACGUUUCCCCUCAUGGUUCUGAUCCGAUACUCUGGCGGUUCUGAUCCGAUACGCCGCUGUCAGAACCGACCAGAAAACACCAGAACUCUGUUAAAUAACCGAGAUUCUUUAUUGAACAUUUGUUGCCAUUUAACAACCAUGUCUGUGGUUGCCAUGGUUACGCGGAUGGACUGCUGUGUGUGUGUGUGUGUGUGUGUGUGUGUCUUGGUGUGUGUGUGUGUGUGUGUGUUUUCUGCUGCUUCGUUGAUCAUAUUUUUAAUAAAGUUGAAGUAGAAAUAA